CAAAAUGGCAGUCUAGACCAGAAUAAACCGACUGCCAAUGACAACGCAUUCAAACGAAUAAGACGUACGCAUGUAGGCAGCGCGCGUGAUCUAAAUUUGAACAGCACGCAAUCUUCCCGGCGCAAGUUUGAGCGAAAGUCCGACGCCAACACGGGAGACGGCCCUGUUCUUCCAUCGAACGACCCUCGACGUACUGUGGAGGGCUCGAGCGAAUACCCCAGUGUUAUUUCUCAAACUCCGCAAGUUUCUCGGCUGGCCAGGUCGUCAUCCCUCCCUAUUGUUCCCAUGACUCCUUGGGACGUUUCCGCUGCUAUCUUGAAAGGUGCAGGGGCCAUGAAUUCAGCUGGUCAACGGGGCUCAACACAGAAAACCUGGCAGACAUAUGAGUUAUCGGAUUCUGAGUAA